AUUGCUAAUUUGCUACUUACAUACAUACAUACAUAUAUUUCGCCUCCUCCUUCAAUAUCUCUCUCUCUCUCUCUCUCUCUCUCUCUCUCCUUCUUCUUCUAACAAAAGUAGAGCAACAAAUAACAAUGGUGCUAGCUAGCCAGUGAGUGGUUGGGUUCCGUAACUGUUUAGAAAAGAUAACAUAACAUAGCAUGAGCCUUCCGCCGGGGGCUGCACUGCCUUCUUCACUUGCGUCCUACGGUUAUGAAUCUCAAUCUCAUUUCUGCAGCAGAUCCUACAGCACCGCCGCCUCCGCAGCCCCCGCGCUCCUCCUUCAGCUGCGACCGACACCCUAACGAGCACUUCACCGGCUUCUGCCCUACUUGCCUCUGCGAGCGCCUCACCAUUCUCGAUAAAUCCUCCUCCAACACCCCUUCCUCCUCCCGCCGCCCCUCCUCCGCCUCCGCCGCCAUCAAAGCCCUCUUCUCCAAACCCAGCACCACCAAUUUCCCCCCUCCCCCGCCUCCCGCUCAAAAAUCCUCAAAACCCGCUUCGUUUUUCUCGGAGCUCCGCCGUACCAAGUCCUUCUCCGCUUCCAAGAACGAAGCAGCAUUCGGCCUAAAUUUCGAGCCCCAGAGAAAAUCUUGCGAUGUUCGGGUGAGGAAUACUCUAUCCUCGCUCUUCACACUCGACGACGACACCAAAACUGGUGCUACUGCUGCUAUUAGUAAUAAGCCCUCAAUCCCCUCUUCCUCCUCUUUCCUUAACCACCAUUCUACCAAACAAAUCGAAUCUUUCGCAGCCAAUAAGCCCGUCCUCGAGGAAACUGAGCACGAGGAGGAUUUCAAAGACCCGGAAGGUGUAGAUAAUGGCGGUGCUGUGUAUGAUAAUAGCAACGCCAGUGAAGGAGAUGAAAUAAGAUCUGUUCGAGAAUCUCAAAGUGGUGAGGAGAUCGUGCAAGAGCAGGUUGUGGAUGUUACCGAGAUCAAGCCUAUGAAGGACCACAUUGACGACAUUGAUUCUCAGGGGAAGAAGAGCUCCGGUGGGGGGUUUUGGGCGGCGGCGUCUGUAUUCAGCAAGAAGUGGCACAGAUGGAGGCAGAAACAGAAGUCCAAGAAGCGAACCAACGGUAAUAACUUUGCAACAUUGCCUGUGGAGAAGCCAAUUUCCAGGCAGUACCGGGAGACUCAGUCUGAGAUCGCUGAUUAUGGGUUUGGAAGAAGGUCUUGUGACAUAGAUCCGAGGUUUUCUCUUGAUGCUGGGAGAAUCAGCUUUGAUGAUCCAAGAUAUUCAUUUGAGGAGCCUCGAGCUUCUUGGGAUGGGUAUUUGAUGGGAAGGAGCUUUCCUCGGAUGGCUCCAAUGGUUUCGGUGAUGGAGGAUGCACCUACGGCCGUGCGCGCUGAUAUGCAAAUCCCUGUGGAGGAAUCAUCGGUGAUAAAUGAGGGCGAGGCUGUGCCUGGAGGAACGGCGCAGACGAGGGAGUAUUACACUGAUUCCUCUUCUAGGAGGAGGAAGAGUCUUGAUAGGUCUAGUUCAAUUAGGAGGACAGCAGCAGCUGUGGUCGCCGAGAUUGAUGAGCUAAAGACUGUGUCUAAUUCAAAGGUGUCACCAGCGACAGCUGAUUCUUUCCAUGGGGCAAAAAUGAUGGUGGGAGAAAGGGAUUUGAAUUCACACUCGUUGAGGGAUGAUUGUUCUGAGACGUUUGAGCUAAGUAGCGGGGUAAGGGAUAAUGGCUAUACUACUAUGAGUAAUGGUAAUGGUAAAGGUAGUGGGGAUAGAAAGGAGUCGAAAAAGACUAGGAAAUGGAGUUGGAAGCUAUGGGGUUUCAUACAGCGGCGAAAUAGUGGGAAUAAAGAGGAGGACAAUGAGGAUAAAUACAGCAGAGCUGCAAAUGGGGUGGACAGGACAUAUUCUGAAUCUUGGCAGGAUUUCAGGCGGGAUGCGAAUGGGAAUGGGGGUAUCAGGGGCGGUGGAUUCAAUAGGAACAUGUUCCGAAGCAACAGCAGCGUGAGCUGGAGGCAUGCUAAUCACAUAGGAGGGGGCGGGGGUGGGGGCUCUCUUGGUAGCAUGAGGAGAUCCGGAUUAGAGGCAAUAAAUGGGCAUGGGAAGAAGAAGAGGGAUGAUUUUGUAUUGGAGAAGAAUUGGAGUGCUAGAUACUCUCCUCCGAACCAUGUUGAUAAUGGCCUCCUGCGGUUGUACCUGACACCGACGCCAAUGAGGAGCAGCAGCCGGAGAGGUGGAAUGGGAAUGGGGAUGGGUAAAAUCAAGUCAGGUAACUCUCAUUCAAUUGCGAGAAGCGUGCUGAGGCUCUAUUGAUACUGAUGGUGAUGUUGAGAGAGAGUCCUCUAGUGUUCCUAUUUUUCAAUUGACAUCAUCAGUUCUGCUGCUGCUGCUACUACAUUUGUGUUGUACCAAUUGAAUGGAGUAGUUCAUUGUUGUUUGGAAUGAAUGCAUUUGAAUCUUUUGAUGGUACGAUGUUAUGACUUUUUAUUACCGGAGGUGGUAUGGUAUAAUAAUGAGAAAGAUGUGUUAUGUUUCUUGAUUUGAUCA